CUGUCAAUUUGGUUUGGUUUAUUGUUUCUCUUAUUAUAAAUAUUUCAUACAUUUUACACAUGGUGCAGUUUGCUGCUUCCAAAGAUCAAAAAUGAUAUUGGACUGACAUGAAGAGAAUACCUACCAAUUGCCAGAUCAAACAAGAAGUAAAGGACUGAAUUGGUCCAAGAGUUUGGGAAUUAUCUGUGACAAUGCUAGGGGACUACUCUAUCUUCAUCAAGAUUCAGGAUUGAGGAUUAUUUAGAGAUCUUAAAGGUAGUAACGUCCUGCUUGAUAGUGAGAUGAAUCCAAAAUUUUCAGAUUUUGGCUCGGCUAGAACUUUUGGAGGAGACCAAACUGAAGGGAAUGCUAAAAGAGUGGCUGGAACUUAUGGUUAUAUGGCACCAGAAUAUGCUAUUGAUGGACUAUUUUCAGCAAAAUCAAUUGUCUUUAGCUCUGGUAUAUUACUGCUGGAGAUAUUAAGUGGGAAGAAAGAUAGAGGCCUUUACCAUCCAACUCAGAGCGCCAACCUUGUUGAGCAUGCAUGGAGAUUAUGGAAAUAAGGCACCCUUCAGAACUUGUUGAAGAAUGCUUAGAAGAGUCUUGCAACCUAUUAGAAGUGAUACAAUGCAUCCAUAUUAGUCUUUUAAGUGUACAACAGCAUCCUGAGGAUAGGCCAAGUAUGUCAUCUGUGAUUCUGAUGUUGGGAAGUGAAACUAAAUUGCCACACCCAUACAACGUAGUUUUCUAUUGCUGAAAAGACCACUUCAUGAAGAAGGUUCUUCAUCAGACAAUCAUGUAUCUUCUUCGACAAAUGAAAUGACCCUGUCAGUACUAGAUGCUCGAUAAUUGAUUAACUGUAUACUUAACUCUUUCAUCUCCAAGUCAUUAUUAUUAUAUGCUAUUGAGCAGUAUGUUUUGUACCUUAGGCUUUGAUACCGGUAGUUUAGUCCCAAUUUGAGCAUAGCACCCUGCAAGUGCCUACUUGCGGUAUAUUUGUCUCACAGAGACAUUAACAAGAUGACUGGACUGAAACUUCAUCAGUUGUAAAUUGUUUUGAUUUCUUUUAUCCUACACUCUUUCAGAUGUUUCAUUGA